AUGCUUUCAGCGAUUGAUACUGAGAAAGCUCAGCACGAAAAGGAGUGCGAUUUGAACAUCGACUCUGACGAAUACCCUUCGCUACCGUUAUCCGAAAUCGAUGUUUCACCACCACCGCCCCCGUAUUCGGCUUUCUCGGUGAAUCGUCAAAGGUUCAUUCUUAUUGUUGUUACAGCAGCAGGCUUCUUUGGACCUCUUUGCGGAGCGAUUUACUUGCCUUCUCUAAAACUGUUCCAAAGGGUCUUUGACGCAUCCGAAUCCGUGAUCAAUGGCACUGUUUCAAUGUACAUGGUCGUCUUCGCAAUUGCACCUCUCUUUGGUGCGACAGCUUCUGAUAUCGGUGGGAGAAAAACAGUGUACAUGGUCGGACUGGGCAGUUUCAUCAUCGCCAACACAUUGCUUGCAGUGCUGCCAGCCCAUCUCGCGUCCCUGUACUUUCUCCGUGUUUUCCAGGCUUUUGGCUCUUGUAUAGUCUUCUCAGUCGGGGCUGGUACAAUCGCUGAUAUUACAGAGCCUGCCAAUCGCGCUUCAGCCCUAUCGUGGUUUCUCAUGGGACCCCAGCUCGGUCCUCUUCUCGGUCCGUUCAUCGGCGGCCAGUUUGCUACUGCCACUAGGUGGAGAUGGAUAUUCGGAUUCCUCUCACUCGCUAGCGUCCCGGUGUACUUGGCCAUAAUUUUUUGUGUGCCGGAAACUUUACGAUCUCUGGUCGGUAAUGGCACUGCUCUUGCGAACCAACCUUGGUUUUCGAUACCAAGCUUCCGAACUAAACCUUGUACCGACUCGAAAAUCCCAAAAGGUCCUCGGCCAUCGCUGCUGGAGUUCGGACGCCUCCUCAAAUAUCCUCCUCAAUUGAUAGUCUCUUUCAACGGAGCCGUCCAGUUUGCAGGCGUUUAUGGCAUGUAUAUUUCCUUCCCGACGAUCUGGGAAGACGGAUAUCAUUGGACCAGUGCAGAGGUCGGCUAUGGAUACCUAUGCCCUGGUAUUGCAAUGUUUGUCACCGCUAUUCCUGUGGGCUGGCUUUCCGAUCAUAUGAGGAAAAAAGCUCUCGCCAAAAGCCCGGAUGGAAAGGUCGCACCUGAAAGAAGAGUCUUGAUCCAGAUACCAGGUCUACUUAUUGCCGCUGCCGGCAAAAUUAUGUUUGGUUGGUUCACACAGAAACACGUACAUCCAGCCGCCGGGCUUUUCGGCUCGUUCUUAGCAGGAGUCGGCGCUUCCAUGGUCUCUGUGGUGACCGCUUCUUUCCAAACAGAAUGCGACCCGACUCAGGCUGCUAGUGCGGUUGCUUUGGGCGCGUUCCUCCGCAACUUUGCUGCAGCGAUUUGUGCAGCCAUCAUGGCUAGCAUUUUAAAAGGCAUAGGCUGGGGGUGGACCUUUACUGGCCUCGGACUCCUGGACAUUGCCUGUAUACCGGGCGUUGUGCUUGUUAUGGUCCGGGGGGCGAAGUUUCGCGAAGCAUGGAUGCUAAAGAAGCAGCAAACCAAACCUGCGACUUAG